AUGGCUGCAAAGCCCAAGUCCCGCUCAGUUCUUGAACCCAUCGCAGAUUCCGCAAUAGAUACCAGCAACUCUCCGAUCAAAUCUGUGUCACUCUCAAAACUCUCCGACACCGAAACACUAAUUUAUCUCGGUACCCUCUCCGGCACUCUGUUGUUAUAUUCUCUCAAGUAUUCGCAGGAUUCCCCUCCCGGAAUUUCUUUUCUCAGACGCGUUUCCGUAUCAGGUACUGGUAACCCUGUAAAUUCGAUCCACCCACUCGCCCACAUCGGUAAAGUUGUAGUACUCUGCGAUGGCUUUCUCUUUUUGCUCGAUGAUAAAUUACUCCAACCUGCUAAAAGAAUUAGUCUGAUCAAAGGCGUUACUGCAUUUUGUCGUAAAUUCCGAAGCCAAAAGUUUGGUUAUAACCCUUUUCCACAAAGAUCUAACGGUGGAAGUUAUACUAAUCAUAACUAUGAUAAUGCUAAUAAUAGCAAUAGCAAUAGUUUAUUUGCGAUUGGAAUGGGAAAAAAGUUGGUAUUGGCGGAGUUGAUUUUAAGUGGGUCUUUGGUGAUUUUGAAGGAGAUUCAGGGCAUUUUCGAUGGGAUUAUAAUGAAUCUGGCGUGGAUUGAUGAUUCUUUAGUUGUUGGUUCUAAGACGGGCUAUUAUGUGUAUAAUUGUGUAAAUAAACAGUGUGUAUUGAUUUUUUCCCUACCGGAUUCUUCUAGUUCUCCACAGCUGAAGUUGUUGGCUAGGGAGUGUAGGGUGUUAUUGAUGGUCGACAACGUGGGUAUUAUUGUGGAUACUGAGGGGCAACCAGUGAGUGGAAGCUUGGUGUUUAAGGAGGUUCCUGAUUCCAUUGGGGAAAUUGGGUCUUAUGUGGUUGGUGUGAGGAAUGCUAUGGCAGAAUUGUAUCAUAAGAAGACAGGAGAUUGUGUUCAGAGGUUUAGGGUUGUAGGGGAUGGAGGUGGAGGGCUAUGCAUUGUGAAGGAUGAGGAAAAUGAAAGUGGCAAGCUGCUUGUCAUCACAACAUGUUCAAAGGUUAUGUGCUACAGAAAGGUUUCUGGAGAAGAACAAAUCAAGGAUCUGCUGCGAAAGAAGAACUUCAAAGAAACCAUUUCCUUGGUUGAAGAGCUACAGAGUGAAGGUGAACUGACAAAAGAAAUGCUUUCUUUUGUCCACGCCCAGGUCGGCUUUCUCUUGUUGUUUGACUUGCAUUUUGAGGAAGCAGUAGAUCACUUUUUGCUUUCAGAAACAAUGCAGCCUUCUGAGCUUUUCCCAUUCAUCAUGCGGGACCCAAAUCGCUGGACCCUGCUGGUUCCAAGGAAUCGAUAUUGGGGAUUGCAUCCUCCUCCAACACCUCUUGAAAAUGUUAUAGAUGAUGGGUUGACAGCUAUUCAAAGAGCUGUUUUUCUUAAGAAAGCAGGUGUGGAGACUGCUGUAGAUGAUGAGUUUCAUCUAAAUCCACCUAGUAGAGCUGAUUUGUUAGAGUCUGCAAUACAAAACAUGAUAAGAUAUUUACAAGCUUGUCGUGAUAGAGAUUUGACCCAAUCAGUUGGGGAAGGAGUUGACACCCUUCUAAUGUAUCUGUAUAGAGCCCUCAAUCGUGUAGAUGAUAUGGAAAGACUUGCAUCUAGUGAGAACAGCUGCGUAGUGGAGGAGUUAGAAACAUUAUUGAAUGACUCUGGUCACCUAAGGACACUUGCUUUUCUGUAUGCUCGGAAGGGGAUGAGUGCUAAAGCUCUGGGUAUUUGGCGCAUACUUGCAAGAAAUUAUUCACAGGGAAGCUAUUAUAGAGGACCAGAGGAAACUGGUUCAACAACAGAGAAUGAAGAUUCGACUGCUGAUUUAAAAGUUUCUUCUAGAAAUGUUAUAUUUGGCCGAGAAACAGCUGCAUUAGAGGCAUCAAGGAUUCUUGAGGAGUCUUCUGACCAGGAACUGGUACUUCAGCAUCUUGGGUGGAUUGCAGAUAUCAACCAGAUGCUUGCUGUUCAAGUACUGAUAUCAGAAAAAAGAACUGAUCAGCUAUCACCAGAUGAAGUUAUUGCUGCAAUUGAUCUCAAGAAAGUGGAAAUUCUUCAAAGAUAUCUCCAGUGGUUGAUUGAGGAACAAUACUCUGAUGACACUCGAUUUCAUACUACGUAUGCACUUUUGCUUGCCAAGUCAGCACUAGAAACUUAUGAGAUGGAACUAUCAACUCAAAAUUCUGUUGCUGGCAUGCUAAAAAAUGAGAUGUAUGUUUCUGAAUUUGGAGAAGACUCGAUCUUUGAAACUUCUGUUAGGGAGAGAUUGCAGAUCUUUUUGGAGUCAUCAGACUUGUAUGAUGCAGAAGACGUCCUUGAUUUGAUAGAAGAAUCUGAAUUAUGGCUGGAAAAGGCUAUUCUUUACCGGAAGCUUGGUCAUGAGACAUUAGUGCUUCAGAUUUUGGCCUUGAAACUGGAGGACUGUGAAGCUGCUGAACGAUAUUGUGUGGAGAUUGGUAGACCAGAUGCUUAUAUGCAGUUACUUGAGAUGUAUUUGGAUCCAAAGGAUGGUAGAGAGCCCAUGUUUAAAGCUGCAGUUCGCCAUCUCCACAACCAUGGAGAAAUGCUGGAUCCCUUGCAAGUCCUGGAGAGAUUGUCUCCUAACAUGCCACUCCAGCUUGCCUCGGAUACAAUAUUAAAAAUGCUGAGAGCUCGACUUCAUCAUCAUCGUCAAGGACAAAUUGUGCACAAUUUGUCCCGUGCUUUGGAUGUUGAUGCGAGCUUGGCAAGAUUGGAAGAAAGGUCGCGUCAUGUUCUGAUUAAUGAUGAGAGCGUCUGCAAUUCUUGUCAUGCUCGUCUUGGAACUAAACUAUUUGCAAUGUACCCUGAUGAUACCAUUGUUUGUUACAAGUGUUUUCGUCGCCAAGGCGAGUCUACAUCUGUCACAGGUCGUAAUUUUGAGAAAGAUCCUUUGGCGAAGCCUGAGCACUCUUCUUCACUAACGGCCUUUUCUGCUGAACUUUGUACUCUCAUCCAUUUAUCUUCUCCAGUACUCCCGGCAUCAGCUGACAUCUCAGUGCUCCUGCUCUUGCCAUCAAGGCCACCAUGGAGAAGGCCAAGCACAGGUUUUAGAAUUAUUGUAAGCAAGGACUUUAGUGUGGAUCAGACGGGAUGGGUUGGGGGAGAUGGGUGUUACAACCAGAUAUUGUAUAUAAUGGCUAAGGUAGCUUGUUCCACUACCAUAUCCAAGUUAAAAAAUGGCUUGGUAAGUAGCAUGGUGUUUGAUAAAGUAGUGCCACUGUUAGAAAGCUUGUCAGAGGUGCACUACCUCGGCGUGGGCUGCUGCCAACUGGGUUUGAAGCACAUUAAUCUGUUGCAGAAAGGAAACCGUCCCAAAGCAACUGUACAUGGUGUCGCGCAUUUGCUUUAUAAUCUAUGCUACUAA